AUGUAUGCUGUUUUCCUGCCAAGGAACCUUGGACUUCUCCCCUGGCACCGGUUGCACGAGGUGCCUGCAUCCUUUUACCAGCACAAGCCUCUCUGCAUGCAGAGCUAUGGUCUCUCGCGGUCUCAGCUCAUAAUAUGUCACCAGAACUUCGACCACAUGCCUAUUAUCAGCAUUGGAGCUCGAAUAGGCAUUCUGCAGUGCGAGGAGCAGUUCAAAUUCCGCCACUGGAAUUGCUCCUCAGGGAAGGAGGCCUUCUCCCUCGGUGUAACCACUCGCCAUGGUACCCGAGAGGCGAGCUUUGCGCACGCCAUCGCCUCGGCAGGUGUAGUACACGCGCUGGCGCGUAGCUGCAAGGAAGCCCGUCUUUCGAGCUGUGGCUGCAGUAAGGCGGAGCGGCCUCAGCAGUUGCACCGCGACUGGAUUUGGGGCGGUUGUGGCGACAACAUUGACUACGCCUACCGCUUUUCCAAGGCUUUCGUGGACAUUCGUGAGAAGGAGAAAAGCUUUCCUCGCAAUUCUCUUGGUCUAGCACGCAAGCUCAUGAACCUCCACAACAAUCGUGUCGGAAGACUCGCCGUUUACAAAUUGGCAACGGUUGCAUGUAAGUGCCACGGAAUGUCCGGAUCGUGUAGUUUACGAACAUGCUGGACCCAGUUGUCACCUUUCCCCAGAGUCGGUCAGCGUUUACAAGAAAGAUACGAAAGCGCAAUAAAGGUAAAAUUUAAUAGACGUGGUACUCAACUUCGACGAGCAAAUCGCCAUCUUCGUCAAAUCACAUCGGAUCAUUUAAUUUACCUGGAGGAGUCGCCCAACUUCUGUGCAGUAAAUCCCCUAACAGGCAGAACUCUAACCUCUGGACGGGAAUGUCGGCUUCAGGGCCACGCAAACGAGCGGUGCACGGUGCUCUGCUGCGGCAGGGGUCACCGGACCUACACGCGCGAGGUGCAAGAGCGAUGCUACUGCCAGUUCCACUGGUGCUGCUCUGUGGAGUGCCAGACUUGCAGUCGAAGGGAGGAGGUGCACAUUUGCAAUUAA